AUGGCUACGGAUAGGAAAAAAAGACAAAUGCCGCUUGGGUUGGUGAAGAUCCGUGAGUUUAACAAGGAGAACUUGAAAACCUGCGGGUUCCAGUUAAUUUGUCAUGUAAUGCAAGAAUUUAAAAAAGAGCAAAAUAAACUUAGAACAUAUGUUAAUGAGAUUCUCCACAGCAUCUUCUUUUUAGGGAUCAUUCAUGAGGACUGUCUCACUCCGGUAGACAUUUUAAAUGCACAAAAUGCAAGUGCUGAGAUUUUGAGACAGGAGUUUCCAGAACCAUUUGGGAAAUACAAGAGUCAUUUACCAAAACGGACACCUUUCUCAAUACUGUUAGACAUAAUGCAGCUAACAUUUGGCACUAAAGAGAACAUCAUGAAUGAGCUGUGCAGUCUAAUGAAAAGGCUGAAAUUUCCUUAUCCUCUGGACAGACCAGCAAACAAAAACCAGCGCUACUACACACUGGAAUCCACUGUCAUUUGUGUUUGCUCCAAUAGCCGGUGCACAUCACAAGAAUAUUUUGGUGCUUCUUUGGGUUGUAGGACAGAAAAGGCCAAAAGUAUUAUGAUAUAUUCAUCAUGUCUAAAUACAUGGCAUGAGUAUGUGUCAUAUGCAGUAAUGUCAUUUCAACAUCAAACAAAAGGUGACAGUUUACAAUUUCAUGAGUCUAUGCAAUGCCAGGCAUACAUCAGGGACUGGAAAGAAAACACUUACAAGGAAAGACAGCCAUGUAUGAACUGUACACGACUUUUCAGUCUGCCAGAAGGUACGGAACAAGAACAUUAUCCUUAUGGCAAUUGUGCAGAGACAGAGUGCUUGAGCAAACUCCUGAUCAAUGAUCAGUUCAUGCGAGAGAAUACAGAAAUCAGGAAUUAUACAACUGACAAAAUGGAUAUGUUAAAAGACAGUACUAGAAAACUUUUACAAGAGAAGCUUGCUUCCAUACCUUCUCUCAGCUAUAUAAAUAAUGAUGACCUUCUAUGGUUUAACCCAAAUAAAGGUCCAAGUUAGAGCAAAAAGGGUUUUCGUUGUAAUUAGUUGAACACACUCAAAUUUGUCAUUGUUUAUCAUGUUUUUUUUAGCAGUUUGUGUUAAGAUUCACAAAGUGCUUAAGUCUUUAUUGAUUACGUGACUAUGAUGGGCACAUUUUGUAACCUUAUAUUCAUCAGAUUUCAAACCGGUUCAAACUGGUUUGGUACAGGGUAUGCAUUAUGUACUCGAUGACAGAGCAUGAUUAGCAUAGGUUCUUCUUAGUUUGCCUUGCAAAUGAUUUACAGAACAAGCCACACCUUGAGUUUCUAGUUAAAGUGAAUGCAUGAAUGUCACUCCCUUUCAUUUUAGCUCCAGUACUGUACAUAAAUUGUCUUUUCCAUGUAAGUGGAAAUGGUUAC